AUGGGUUCUAGUAACCGUUUCAAUUUUCCUCUGCCUACUUAUCUUGAUCUCUUGAAUUCUCAACAAGGCUCUACUACUCAUGAAAAUCCUCUUUUUCCUAAUUCCACACCACACCCUUCUCAGCCUGUCGAAUAUAUCCCCCAAUUCUCUUCUCAGCCUGUCCAUUUUAGCACCCCAUCUGUCACCGAAGAAUGUAUUGACCUUAGUGUCGAUGAGAAUGAAGAAGAAGGUGGUAGAGGACUUUGGACAAGGUGGAGUGCCCAGGAGGAUAUUAAUCUCAUAAGUGCCUGGUUAAAUACCAGUAAAGACCCAGUUGUUAGUACUUUGCAGAAGCUUGAUUGCUUCUGGAAAAGAGUUGCCGACUAUUUCCAAGCAAAUGCACCUGCAUCGAGUACAAAUACUAGAGAGCCGUCGCAAUGUAAGGCUAGGUGGAACAAGAUAAACCGCGACGUGAACAAGUUUGUUGGGUGUUACACACAAGCUAGUGCAAGAAAGAAGAGUGGAGAAUCUGAAGAUGAUGUGAUAUCUGUGGCUCAUCAGCUUUUCAAGAAUGACCAGAAAAAGCCAUUUACUCUAGGGCAUUGUUGGAGGGAACUCAAGCAUGAUCAGAAAUGGAACACUGAGGACUCAAGCACUAAAAGGACUAAGCUUGAUUUAGACGGAGCAUACUCACCCAGUUCAACAUAUGAUGGUGAUAAACAGAGGCCUCCGGGUGUUAAAGCUUCGAAGAAGAAAGGUAAGAAACCUGUAGUGAGUAAUGAUGUUGAGGAUGUUUCUGCGGCUAAGCUAGAUAAGAUUAUAGCCAUGAAGGAUAAAGAACAAGAGGCUAAAGAUAGGCAAGGCAGAAUGAGAUUGCUUGAGAGUUGUUCGGGUCCAGGCGACAUGUGA